CAAGAACGCCACGUUAGAGGCGAGCGUUGAAAGAAAUUUUCCAUAAAAAAAACGCGAAGGUACAACUAUAACGGAUGUAAAAAAUAAAAUGAUACCACCCAUACGUCAUGAGUCAGUUUAUUACAAUCCAGGUUGGUCAAUGCGGAAACCAGAUUGGAGCAGCAUUUUGGCCGUUAGCAUUACACGAGUAUGGAAUUCAAACAUCAUCCGGUGGUGUAAACCUAUUAAAGAUCGAUAAGAAUCAUAUGAAAAACACGAAGGAUCUGGCCGAUGCUUUUCACAGCUUCUUUCAUGUACCACAUACUACCAGUGAUUUGUCUUUCAAGACAUUGGCUGAUUUAAAUGCUGCAAAAGUUAAAGCAAGGGCCAUACUUAUCGAUAUGGAGGAUAGUGUCGUAGCCAGAUUUAAGUGCGGCCCUCUUCGAACACUUUUUGAUCAUUCUUGUACAGUAACAAAUUAUCCGGGAUCAGGAAACAAUUGGGCUGUUGGUCAUUAUACGCACGGUACAGAGUAUUUUGAGAAAAUAGAUAACACUAUUAGACGCGUUGCGGAAAAAUGCGAUCGUCUUCAUGGAUUUGUAUUAGUUAAUUCUCUUGGAGGUGGAACAGGAUCAGGAUUAGGUACUGCUACUUUAAAACAGUUAGACGACAACUAUCCACACGUGGACAGAUUUGUUUCCAGUGUAUAUCCAGCAGGUAUUCAAGACGUAGUAACAGCUCCUUAUAACGUUUUACUAUCCACUCACGAGCUUACCGAGCAUGCCACAUGUGUUUUUCCAGCAGAAAAUAAAGCACUUUUGGAAAUUUGCAAUGUUCAAAUGGAUAAAAAAGAAAAUAUCGAUCAAGGAAAAUAUAACGCUACCUGUAAACCGUUUCAGGAUAUGAAUAGUGUCAUAGUAAAUAUGCUUCUUCACGUGACUAGCGGUUCCAGAUUUCCAGGAACUUUGAACACAGAUAUGAACGAGUUGGCGACGAAUCUUGUUCCAUAUCCUCGAAUGCAUUACAUAUUUAGCAGCGUCAGUCCUGUAGCUUUAACUGCACCGUCAAGAUCCAUUGUUCGUGGAACAAGAACGCAUGAUGAGCUAUUUACUAGUGCCUGGUCUCGAAGUAAUCAGCUAAUAAAAGUUGAUCCUUUGCGGCCCGGAUCAGUGAUUAUUGGCGCAGCGCACAUUGUACGUGGAAAUUCAUCUUUGACCAAUAUUCGCCGGAAUAUAGAACGGUUUCAAGACAAAGCUAAGUUUACGUCCUGGAGCAGGGAUGUUAUGAAAGUAGGUUUAUGUUCAGUACCUCCAGCAGGACAUUCAACUUCUGUAAUGUGUCUCAUGAAUUCAACUGCCGUUUCUUCGAUGCUUAGAGAUAUCGUUCAUCAAUUUGAUCAGCUUUACAGAAGAAAGGCUCACGUUCAUCAUUAUUUGCAAGUGGAUGGUUUCGAUAAAACGACGUUUGAAGAAAGUAAAGAAAGCAUCCUUAGUUUAUCUGACCACUAUAAAGAGAUUCAAAAUCAGCAACCCUUAAAUAUACCGCGAAUGAAAUUAGUUCAAUAAACUAUGUAAAUAUGGCAAAUGUAAUUUUAA